AUGUAACCUGCAUUUUCAUUGCAACAUAUGACUGUUUAUUCUUUCCUAUCCUUCUGACUUCUGGGUUUGCAUUAGGAGGCAUUGUCUUAGCCGAGCUUUGUCAUGUGCUUUCUGUAGAUGGUUCUCAGUGUCUUAUGUCUAAAAAGCCUAGAUUCUCCUCUCGUUGAGGGCAAAAGAACGGGGAAAUGACCAGUGUUUCAUCUUUCACUAUUUAUUAUGCAGCUGUGCAAUUGGAGGCCUUUGUGCAUGAAGACAGAUUUGUUCUAUGGCCUCAGAGUUGGAUGCCGGGGACGAUGGCGGCUGCACUGAGCUGGCAAAGCCCCUCUAUCUUCAGUACCUGGAGAGGGCCCUCCGAUUGGACCAUUUCCUGCGACAAACAUCAGCCAUCUUCAAUAGGAAUAUUUCUAGUGAUGACAGCGAAGAUGGACUGGAGGACAGUAACCCUUUACUGCCCCAGUCUGGGGAUUCCUUAAUGCAAGUGAAGGAGGAACCUCCAAAUUCAUUGCUUGGUGAGACUUCUGGAGCGAGCAGUUCUGGAAUGUUAAAUGCGUACUCUCUGAAUGGAGUUCUGCAGUCAGAUUCAAAAUCUGACAAAGGGAAUUUAUAUAACUUCUCUAAGCUGAAGAAAAGCAGAAAGUGGUUAAAGAGCAUUCUGCUAAGUGACGAGUCCAGUGAGGCAGAUUCUCAAAGUGAGGACAAUGACGAUGAAGAAGAAGAAGAAGAUGAUGAUGAUGAUGACGACGAUGACGAAGAACUGAAUCUCAGCCGAGAGGAACUUCACAACAUGCUGCGACUGCACAAAUAUAAGAAGCUUCACCAGAAUAAGUAUAGUAAAGACAAGGAGUUGCAGCAGUACCAGUACUACAGUGCAGGCCUGCUCUCUACAUAUGAUCCUUUCUACGAGCAGCAACGGCUCCUACUUGGACCCAAAAAAAAGAAAUUCAAGGAGGAAAAGAAACUUAAAGCUAAGUUUAAAAAAGUGAAGAAAAAACGGCGAAGAGAUGAAGAACUUUCCUCUGAGGAAUCCCCUCAUCUCCACCACCACCAGACCAAAGUCUUUGCCAAGUUCUCUCAUGAUGCACCUCCCCCUGGCACCAAGAAGAAACAUUUAUCCAUUGAGCAGCUUAAUGCUCGUCGCAGGAAAGUUUGGCUCAGCAUUGUGAAAAAGGAACUGCCGAAGGCCAACAAGCAGAAAGCUUCAGCUCAUAACCUGUUUCUCACCAAUAGCCGAAAGCUGGCCCACCAGUGUAUGAAGGAGGUGCGUCGUGCGGCUCUGCAGGCUCAGAAGAACUGUAAGGAGACCUUGCCUCGGGCCCGCCGCCUCACCAAGGAAAUGCUUCUGUACUGGAAGAAGUAUGAGAAGGUGGAGAAGGAGCACCGGAAGCGCGCAGAGAAGGAAGCUUUGGAGCAGCGCAAGUUGGAUGAGGAAAUGCGGGAGGCCAAGAGACAACAGCGAAAACUGAACUUCUUAAUCACGCAGACAGAGUUGUAUGCCCAUUUCAUGAGUCGCAAACGAGACAUGGGUCACGAUGGAAUCCAAGAAGAAAUCCUCAGAAAACUGGAGGACAGUUCUUCUCAGAGACAGAUCGACAUUGGUGGGGGUGUGGUAGUAAAUAUCACACAAGAAGAUUAUGAUAGUAAUCAUUUUAAGACCCAGGCCCUGAAGAAUGCUGAAAAUGCCUACCAUAUUCAUCAAGCUCGGACAAGGUCAUUUGAUGAAGAUGCAAAAGAAAGCCGAGCAGCUGCUCUACGGGCAGCCAACAAGUCUGGAACUGGGUUUGGGGAGAGCUAUAGCUUGGCAAACCCAUCUAUCCGGGCCGGUGAGGAUAUUCCACAGCCCACGAUUUUUAAUGGCAAAUUGAAAGGUUAUCAGCUGAAAGGCAUGAAUUGGUUGGCCAAUCUCUAUGAACAGGGUAUUAAUGGCAUCCUUGCUGAUGAAAUGGGCCUUGGUAAAACAGUACAAAGCAUUGCUCUCCUGGCCCAUCUGGCUGAGAGAGAGAACAUUUGGGGACCUUUCUUAAUAAUUUCUCCUGCUUCUACACUUAACAAUUGGCACCAAGAGUUUACUAGAUUUGUUCCCAAAUUUAAGGUGCUCCCAUAUUGGGGAAAUCCUCAUGAUAGAAAAGUCAUCAGGAGGUUCUGGAGUCAGAAGACUCUCUACACUCAGGAUGCCCCCUUCCAUGUGGUUAUCACUAGCUACCAACUGGUGGUUCAGGAUGUAAAGUAUUUCCAGCGGGUAAAGUGGCAGUACAUGGUCCUGGAUGAGGCCCAGGCACUAAAGAGUAGUUCCAGUGUUCGUUGGAAGAUCCUCUUGCAGUUCCAGUGUCGAAAUCGGCUUUUGCUAACUGGGACGCCCAUUCAGAACACCAUGGCAGAGCUCUGGGCUCUGUUACAUUUCAUUAUGCCAACAUUAUUUGAUUCACAUGAGGAAUUUAAUGAAUGGUUUUCCAAGGACAUUGAGAGCCAUGCCGAAAAUAAAUCUGCCAUCGAUGAGAAUCAACUCUCCCGCUUACAUAUGAUCCUGAAGCCAUUUAUGCUAAGGAGAAUCAAGAAAGAUGUGGAAAAUGAAUUAUCUGAUAAGAUUGAAAUUUUAAUGUACUGCCAACUGACUAGCCGACAAAAGCUGCUCUAUCAGGCACUGAAGAACAAAAUUUCCAUUGAGGACUUACUGCAGUCUUCCAUGGGCUCUACUCAGCAAGCACAGAAUACCACCAGCAGCCUCAUGAAUCUGGUCAUGCAGUUUCGAAAGGUAUGUAACCACCCGGAGUUAUUUGAGCGGCAGGAAACGUGGUCCCCAUUUCAUAUUUCCCUAAAGCCAUACCAGAUUUCAAAGUUUAUCUACCGUCAUGGACAGAUCAGGGUCUUCAAUCAUUCACGAGAUAGGUGGUUAAGGGUUCUUCUUUCUCCAUUUGCACCAGACUAUAUCCAGCAGUCUCUCUUCCACAGAAAAGGUGUUAAUGAAGAAAGCUGUUUUUCUUUCCUUCGGUUUAUUAAUGUAUCUCCAGCAGAAAUGGCAAACCUUAUGCUUCAGGGACUUUUGGCCAGAUGGUUAGCUCUUUUCCUGUCUCUGAAAGCCUCCUACAGGCUCCAUCAACUGCGCUCCUGGGGAGACCCAGAAUGGGAGAGCCAGCAGAGAUAUCUGAGAAACAAGGAUUUCCUUCUUGGGAUUAAUUUUCCGCUCUCCUUUCCCAACCUUUGCAGUUGCCCUUUGUUAAAGUCUCUUGUUUUCAGCAGCCACUGUCAAGCAGUGAGUGGCUUCUCAGACCAGGUCAUCCACCAGCGGAGAUCAGCUACCUCCUCGCUUCGUUGCUGCCUGCUCACCGAGCUGCCAUCUUUUUUGUGUAUGGCCAGUCCACGAGUCACCGCAGUGCCCGUGGAUUCAUACUGCAAUGACCGAAGUGCAGAGUAUGAGCAGCGCGUGCUGAAGCAAGGUGGGAGUCUGGCGGCCAAGCAGUGUUUGUUGAAUGGGGCCCCUGAACUGGCUGCAGACUGGCUAAAUCGACGCUCCCAGUUCUUCCCAGAGCCAGUUGGAGGACUGUGGAGCCUCAGGCCUCAGAAUGGCUGGUCUUUCAUCAGGAUUCCAGGCAAGGAGAGCCUCAUCACUGACAGUGGAAAGCUGUAUGCCCUUGAUGUCCUGCUGACUCGGCUCAAAUCUCAAGGACAUAGGGUCCUUAUCUACUCCCAGAUGACCAGGAUGAUAGACCUGCUGGAGGAAUAUAUGGUUUAUAGGAAGCAUACCUACAUGAGGCUUGAUGGUUCAUCCAAGAUCUCCGAGCGGCGGGACAUGGUUGCUGACUUUCAGAACAGGAAUGACAUCUUUGUGUUUCUGCUAAGCACUCGAGCAGGAGGACUGGGUAUCAAUCUCACUGCUGCAGAUACAGUAAUUUUCUAUGAUAGUGACUGGAACCCCACUGUGGACCAGCAGGCCAUGGACAGGGCCCAUCGCUUGGGGCAGACAAAGCAGGUUACUGUGUACCGACUCAUCUGCAAAGGCACCAUUGAAGAGCGCAUCCUGCAGAGAGCCAAGGAGAAGAGUGAGAUUCAGCGGAUGGUGAUUUCUGGCGGGAACUUCAAACCUGAUACCCUGAAACCCAAAGAGGUGGUUAGUCUUCUGCUAGAUGAUGAAGAGUUGGAGAAGAAAUUGCGACUGCGCCAGGAAGAGAAGCGGCAGCAGGAGGAGUCCCACCGCGUCAAAGAGCGCAAGCGCAAGCGGGAGAAGUACGCGGAGAAGAAGAAAAGGGAAGAUGAAUUGGAUGGGAAAAGGCGAAAGGAAGGCACGAACCUGGUCAUCCCAUUCGUCCCUUCCGCUGAUAACUCCAACCUCUCUGCGGACGGGGACGACUCCUUCGUUAGCGUGGACUCCGCCAUGCCCAGCCCUUUCAGUGAGAUCUCCAUCAGCAGUGAGCUGCACACUGGCUCCAUCCCCCCUGAUGAGAGCAGCAGUGACAUGCUGGUCAUUGUGGAUGACCCGGCCUCCUCAGCCCCGCAGUCCCGAGCCACCAACUCUCCUGCUUCCGUUACGGGCUCCGUCUCAGAUACCGUGAACGGAAUUUCCAUUCAGGAAAUGCCAGCUGCAGGUCGGGGCCACUCAGCUCGCAGCCGGGGCCGCCCCAAAGGCUCAGGAAGCACCGCCAAAGGAGCAGGGAAGGGCCGGAGCCGGAAGUCCACUGCAGGCAGCGCUGCGGCCAUGGCAGGGGCCAAGGCCGGGGCUGCGGCGGCCUCGGCAGCUGCCUACGCUGCCUACGGGUACAACGUGUCAAAAGGAAUCUCCGCCAGCAGUCCUCUGCAGACAUCCCUUGUUCGGACAGCUAGCCUGGCUGACUUUGGACCUUCAAGCGCCUCUUCUCCCUUGAGCUCCCCUUUGAGCAAAGGGAAUAAUGUCCCUGGGACUCCCAAGAGCCUCCACCUGACCAGCAGCCUGACCACGGAUCCCCUGGUCCGGAAACCGAGCAAAGGCUCCAACCCCCCUGGAGGGCGGUAACUACCUGGGUCCUCUGGCUUCCUUCAACCAAACCAGGGCCUAGAAUCCUCGCCAGCAGAGGGUGUUUAGAUGGCUUGCCCAGUGCAACAUAGGACAUCCCAAGUCAAGAGGGCAGAGAUGGCCAGGUGCAGCCAGGAGGACCAGGCAGGUGGCAGGUAUGAGCACUUUCCUCACCUGUGUCUCAAAAGGCAAGCUUGGGGGUUGCCAGAAAGAAGAAGGGGAGGGGGCCAGCCCCAACACAUCUUAGCUGAACUUGAACCUCUUACCCGGGAAGGGCCGAGUGGCGGCCCUUUUAGAUGCUCAGGCACCCCAGCCCCAUGCCCUUGGGCUUGGCCAUGUCCCUUGCAGAGGUUCUGCAAGUGCUGUGAAGAGCGGCCCCUGGUGGAGGCUUCUCUGAGGCUGGUAAGGGAGGCCAUCACGCCGCUGGCACCGUCCGCUCCGGCCAUCUCUCCAUGCCUCCUUGGCCAGAGCAGUAUCACAGAAGCGCAGCGAGUGUAAGAAAGCGGUGGCUUGUCAGGAAGACAGAGGCUGGAGGACGUGGUUUCCAGCCCCCCCCCAGCCCCCCCCAGGCCUGCAUGGUUCACAUCAGAGAACCUUCGGGUCCCACCAGCAACAGUAGCAGCCACUCCCACCCCAGGGACUCCCAGAAGCCAGUCCCGAGACCAGGAGCCAGCUCAAUCAUCAGGACGUCCUCACUGCCCCUCCUGCAGACUCCUCCUUGCUCUUCCUGAAUGCACAGUCUCCCCACCCCACCCCUGCCCUUCAGCCCCUGCUUGGCUGUAUGCACUGUCUGUAUUGCACUGAGAAAGGAAGGGGCCGCAGGAGUGAGGGGGAGAGGGCAAGCUUGGCCCUGACCCUCCGCCCGAGCUCUCCCCCCUCCAAGAGAGGCAGAGGCCGGUGGUCCCAGAGGAGGUGUCUCCUCCUGCCCCCAGUCUGAUGGCCCCCUGGUGGAGCAGGUGCUUCUGGGCGGGCCAGCCUCUAAUUUGCACACCUGAAAAUCGCGGAACUGAAUUUAGAUAGAUUGAUUUUUAAAACCUUUUUGGAGUAAGGGGUGUGGGGGAAUCACUUAAUUUAAAUCAUUAAGAUUCCCCUGCCCAGACCCAGACUCCUGUGUACAGAUGCUGUUUAGAGGGAAUCAGAAAAACGCCAAGCCUUUUUUCUCUUUGAAUGUGCUGUCUAUUUUUAUAACUGAACUUGUACAUAUGUAUAAAGAGAGACACAUCUUUCUUUUACUAACUGGAGAAAAAUCUUAAAUAAAAUGGAGUGAGAUAAUUUUAUGUAAA